UACUGGUUACAAACAUAAAAACCUGGCAUGGUGUCUGGUAUAUAGUAGGCGCUCAAUAAAUGCUUUCUGCUUGCUUGCUUUUCUUCUCUUUAGGUUAAUAUUAAAACUCAGAGCUUGGGAACCUAGGACCUCCAAAAUACUUCAAGAAACCCGAGGGCCGCCCAUCGCUCCUGGGGGAAUGGGGAAGUAGGGUAAGGAGAAGGACUGAGAAAGGGAGCUCGGCUCCAGGAAUCAGAGAGACCUUUCCAGCUGUGCGCCCCUCGCUCCGCCGCCUCCUUUGGGCUCCCCUGACUUACCGCCCCGCCCCGCCCCGCCCCGCCCCGCCCCGGAGCUGGGUCCGGAGUGCCUGGUGGGCUGAUUCCCGAGCGUGGAAGGGAGACGGAGGGGAGAAAGAGGCGGCGGCGGCGGCGGCGGCAGCGGCGGCGGGAGGCAGGGAGGAGGGGAAUCCUCCUCUCUGCUCUCCCAAGUCGGCGCGGAGCCGCCUCGGGCCGGGCUAAGGGCUGCGUGGCGGCGGCGGGGCCGGACCAGGAUGCGGGGCUCCCGGGACCGCGCCGGGCGGGGCGGGCGGCGGCGCCGGGCGGCGGGCGGGAGCUGUCCGCGGUGCUGAAGCGGCGGCGGCGGCGGCGGCGGCAGCGGCGGCGGAGGCAGGGACCCGGGGCCGGGAGCAGAGGCGCCCUCCUGGGAGCUCCACCGCGGCCGCAAGGCGGGGGCGCCGUCGUUCACCGGCCCAUGCUGGGCCCCCGAGCCCCGCGGAGGAGGCGGGACCGUCCUCGGCGGGACAGAGUUGUUCCUCAUUAUCCUUUGGUGUCCACUCAGACUUACGAAUAAAGGAAGGUAUUGACUAGCAUAGGCAACUGGUACGGAUUUCCUCUGAACUUGGGGCAGGUGUCUUCUCCGCCACCGUGAGCUCCGUGAAGACAGUGCAUCCUCCUCCCUCUCUCUGCUCCCUGCCUUUCUCACCUUCGUGUCCCCAGUAUCUGUACAGUGCCUGGUGGGGAGCUGAUGCUCAACCGAUAAGUGUGGACAGGAUAAAUGAAUGAACCAACUCUAUGAGGCCCUCUGAGGACAGCUCAGCUGGCCCAGGCUCCCCUCCCUGGAGCUGCCCCCAGAACCAUGGAGAGUCUGAGUGAACUGCAGAACCCUUUGCUGCCUCGGAGCCCCGCCCCCCUCCAUGGCCCUUACCCCUACCCCGAGGCUUCGCCCAGCUGGUCAUGCCAGGAGAAGCUCUACUCCUACCUCCUGGGUGGUGCUGGCUCGGCUCGCACCCAUCAGCUCCUGGACCCAGGAUCCCUGCAGCUGGCCGUGGAGGCCUGGUACAGGCCCACCUGCCUCCUGGGGAGGGACAAGGUCAAGGAAGCCAGGGCAAACAGCUGUGAGACCAGCUUCACAGAGAACAGGGAGCCCCAGGCGGGGCCGACGCUGCGGUCCACAGAACCUGGCCAAGCAGAAGAGGAUGUCACCAUCCAGACUGUGUCCUACGGGGUUCAAGAGGAGCAGCAGGGCCAGGAGAAUGACCAGGAGGAGGAGGAGGAGAGUGAUGUGACCUCGACGGACAGUGAAAGUGAAGACAACUUCGUGGCGCUGCCGCCCAGGGAUCACCUGGGCCUUACUAUCUUCUCCAUGCUCUGCUGUUUCUGGCCCCUGGGCAUCGCUGCCUUCUACUUCUCCCAGGGGACCAGCAAGGCCAUCUCCAAGGGAGACUUCCGCCUGGCCAGCACCACCUCCCGCAGGGCCCUCUUCUUGGCCACACUCUCCAUCGCCGUGGGCGCCGGUCUCUAUGUGGCCGUGGUGGUGGCUCUGGCAGCUUACAUGUCCCAGAAUGGCCAUGGCUAGGAGCCAGCAGGGCCUGGCAUCCUGGCUCCCCUGCUCCGCCUGAGGAGGCAGUGAGGCUUGGGGUUGCAGACUCUCUGGAGAGCCCCGGCCCCUGAAGACAACCCACAAUCCUGGCUUGUUGUGGGGAGGCCUCCCAGGCUGCAGCCUGCACGGCUCCACUGUCACUUCUUCUUGUCCACAGCCCCCAGCCCCAGAGCAGAGUCUGGGACACCACCCUCUAGCCCAGGCUAUGUCAGGAAGCAAGAGAGAAUAGGGCUGCCCAUCAAGCCAUCUAGGCAGGACCUACCUCUGGCUUGAGGCCGGCCGGGAGCUCAGCCUAUUCUGCCCCCCGCCCCCCACCCCCGCGACAAAGGGUUGCCUGCCCUGCCAGAAGCCCACUCCCCAACUCUGCCAGCCUCUCCACAGAGAAAAAGCAGGAGGUUACUGGGAGAUAAAAGGACACCUGGGGGUAGGGGACCUGACCCAGUUCUUUUGGCUAAUCGGAGUCUCCACACUGGGGACAACCUGAGCCUCCCCAACUCCACUCUCUGGCCCCAUGAGGCCAAGACCCCCAGCCAACCCGGAGCGAAAUACAUAGAGACACAGGGACCCCUUGCUCUUUCCGGCUCUCUCCUGCGGGCUUGUAAGACACCAUAGAGUCUAGAUAGAGAAGAAGAGUCUCGGGCACGGAAGCUCUGCACCCAAGGCAGGGUCUUAGAGCUUCCUUGCGCAGGAACAAAAGGCAGAUGUAAUGACAGAGGUCCUGCAAUAUUGCCAGACUACUUAGGCCUCCCUGCUCCACACCAGGUCCUCACCUCCAUCACCCUUUUCUGGGCUCUUCCUGGGAGGUCUUGAGCUAAUACUAUCCCAGAGACUGCCCUUAGCACACCAGUCACUGAGCACAGGGCCCUAGAUCCAGCCCUGUGGGAAAGCAGCAAGGAGAGACCCUGGGGAGUCACGAGUGUAAAUGAGGGGCAGGAUAGAGGACUGGCAGCCCAGCAGGGUUCAGAAGGCUUCCUGGAGGAGGUGUUCCUUGAGCAAGGUCUAGAGGGAUGAGGAGAAUUUAUCUAGAUUUGUUUCCCCAUAACCCUUCGUAUUCACAAACAGGGACAUGGCAGGAGUCUCCCAAACUAUUUGGAUUAUGCCUAGAGCAUCUGGGCUGGAGCCAAACUACAGCCAUUUUUGAGGACCCCACCACCUCGGAGAAGAAGGUUAGGCAACAUGUCUCUCAAAGACCAGUGAUGUUUUCCCACCUCUGAAUGCAGGGGGUCAGCCGUCUUCACUGACGUCCCUAACCAGGGCUGCUCUCAACACCUCCAGCCACUAGGGAACAUCCAGAAUUUUAGAGGCAGCCAGGCAGCUAGGGGGAGGCAGUAUAUUGGGAGGGCAGGCCUGUCCAGGCUCAAGCAAAGGACCCAACUGUGCAGGAUCUGGGGACUUGGUCAUUCCCAGGCUGCAUCCAGAGGCCAGGACUGUGGAUCGACCACUGACCCACCUUGUCCCAUCACCCUCCCCAACCAGGCAUUGCCUCACCCUCCACUCCCCGCAUCCCCUGAAGUCCCACAGGCCCAGGAUCAGUGGUUUUAAUAUCCCCCUAUUGUAUAUAUUUAUCCUUGUAAUAAACAUUUCUGUAACA